AAGGGAGGGAAUAUCUUGGGACUUUUUAGAUUGUUUUUUUUUUCUCUGUUUGUUAGUUCCUCACAAAAAUUGUCCAGUAUCCUUUUUUUUUUCUCGGAAAUCUUUUCUUCUACUUUACCACGGCCAUAUUGAGGAACGCACUGCUUGACCUAAAGUUGCCCAAAAUGCCAGCUACAGAAUUCGAGUUUAAAGAAAAAUACAGAUACCAAAAUGGAUUCGACUCAUACUUAGAGUCAGAAGCCGUCCCAGGCGCCCUCCCCAUCGCCCAAAACUCUCCACAGAAGCCUCCACACGGACUCUACGCCGAAAAGCUGUCCGGGACAGCCUUCACGGCCCCGCGCAACGAAAACAAGCAAUCGUGGCUGUACCGAAUCCUCCCGUCGUGCGCACACCCUCCCUUCAGGGUGAAGGGCCAGGCAGGAGAGCAUGAUGUAGAGAACCAGCCGCCCACGCCGCCCAUAACGCCGGGCCAGCCCUUGACUCCCGGCCAACAGCCCCAGCACGAACACAAGGACGAGAUGGCACGGUUCGCUCCGCUCUCGCGGCUCCACUACAUCCCCAACCAGCUCCGCUGGGACCCGUUCGACCACGACCCCCAGUCUGACUUCGUCUCGGGCCUGCACCUGAUCGCGGGCGCGGGUGAGCCCACGCUUAAGCAUGGCAUCGGCAUGUUUGUGUACGCGGCCGGCAAGUCAAUGAGCACCAGCAGUGCCUUCUACUCGGCCGACGGAGACCUGCUCAUCGUCGCGCAGUCGGGCGUGCUCGACAUCCGCACCGAGCUCGGCUGGCUGCUGGUGCGGCCGCUCGAGAUCGCCGUCAUCCCGCGCGGCAUAAGGUUCCAGGUCCUGUUGCCCGAGGGGACGGGUCCCGCGAGGGGCUAUGCGCUGGAGCUGUACCAGGGCCACUUUGCGCUGCCGGAGCUCGGACCCAUCGGCAGCAACGGCCUCGCCAAUGCGAGGGACUUCCAGGCCCCCGUCGCCUGCUUCAGCGAGGACCACGGGCCGACGGCCUUCUCCGCUGGUCCCUCGGCGCCAAGGGACGGGUACGAGGUGACGGCCAAGUUCAAUAACACUCUCUUCGCGACGCGACAGGCGCACACCCCCUUUGACGUGGUGGCGUGGCAUGGAAACUACUACCCCUUCAAGUACGACCUCGGCCGCUUCAACACCAUCGGCGCCAUCUCAUACGACCACCCGGAUCCGUCCAUCUUCACGGUGCUGACGGCGCCGUCGGACCACGCGGGCACGGCCGUGGCUGACUUUGUAAUCUUCCCACCGCGUUGGCUCGUGGGCGAGGACACUUUCCGUCCGCCUUGGUACCACCGCAACACGAUGAGCGAGUUCAUGGGCCUCAUCACGGGCGACUAUGACGCCAAGAAGGGCGGCAAGGGCGGCUUCGUCCCGGGCGGCGCGAGCCUGCAUAACGUUAUGAGCGGGCACGGGCCUGACGCCGCGAGCUAUGAGGGUGCCCGGGAGGCAGAGCUGAAGCCGGCAAAGGUUGGCGCGGGGAGCUGUGCUUUCAUGUUUGAGAGCUGCUUCAUGGUGGGCGUAACGGACUGGGGGCUGCGGACCUGCCAGAAGGUCCAGGAGGGUUACAGUCAAGAGAGCUGGGGAGGGGUCAAGACUUACUGGAAGAGGCCAGAGGGGGCGAGCGCUGAUGUACAUUUGUUGAAGUGAGCAUCGAGGCUUUGUAUAGGUGUCGGCGGCAGCGAAAUCGGAUGGCUUUUGUUGAGAUGACUGCUUCGAAGAAUAAAAGGCUGAGUCUAGCAAGGUUGGCUGCAAGGCGCAGAUAGCUAUAAGGUUCACCAAGGCGCAAACAGAGCGGCAAUAUAACAUCAAUACUGAAUGUAUCUCAAACUGG